CAUCCUCACAUUCAUUCGUAGGAAACCAUCAUCGCGUGCGGUUGUGAUCGUCGCGUUCCGAUUCCUGAAUGUUUGGUGAAAUGGUUUCAUAAAACAUUGUGAACCAUUAGAAGAAAAGAAAUCAACUGUUCAAUUCAUAGUCUAGCGGGUGUAAAAAGCGUUUAGUGCCGACAGCCACAGUGGAUAUAAGAGUGAGUGAAAAUAUGUGGUAAAUCUUCAAUACAUCAUCGACGCUCUCUGGUGCGUUGUGUGGACGUGUAUUCCGUGUAUCCGUGUGUGUGUGUGCGUUUGAGCUGGUGUUGUGAAUUUCCCAGGGACGGAAAAACGGCCCCAAAGUGUGUUUCCGUGCGUGUCACGAGUCUUCUUGUCAUCGCUUUACUGUUGUUUUUGUGAGAAGUAAUACCGAGAAAACAAAAUCCUCAUCUAAAGAAGAUAGGUAGCAGCCAUCACCGGUUAGAAAGACGAAUUGCAUAGGAACCGCAGCAUCACGAUGCAAUUUUAUCCCACCGUGUGGUGAAGAAGCCAUUUUCCACCCGUGUUCCGUACCGGAGGCGGGGAACGUGGAUUGACCAGACUUACCCAAACGUUGAUUUUCUUGCCGAGGGGCCACGGCGCGAGACAGAGCAAAAUAAUAGUAAGAACCGUCGAGGCAACGGAAUCAACGAGUGAACGGAAAGAAAGUCAAAGCCUACUACUCCAACCAACACUGGUUUUCUGCUGCUGGAUCCCCGGAAUCCCGGUGGAGGAGAAGAAGGCCCAACGGCACCGAGCAGAAGGAAGUGAACGGAAGGAAGAGAAAAGGAAACGAGAAGAAGAUCUCACUGGAGAAAAAAGGGCAGCGUAGGCCCCACCGAAGGAAGGAAGCGAAAGGAGAAGAAAAAAACGCCGAAAGAAAGGCCACAACACAACCAGCAAAACGACGUCCAAACGUCGUCGAGAUCAAAGAAAGCCAUCUCUCCUGCUGUCCCUACACAGUCUGGUUGGUUGUGUGCGCGAGUGUGUGUUUCUAUCCGCGUGUUUGUGUGUGUGUGUGUGUAUGUGUGCAUAAUAUGUGCUGUUGGCUGCUGUAAAGCCUGCUGUGGCCCGUUGAGUCGUUCAAAACCGGUGUCUUGCGCGAAAAGGGCACACUCGAAGCGAAAGCCACACAACCCAUAGGUGAAAGAAAACCGGCAGGUUAAAGAGGUUAAAAAAACGGCGCGGAAAAGUGUGAAGGGGAAUGGGAGUCGCCUAUAUGUGGUAGCGACGUGUGUGUGCCCUAAAAGUGUCGUCUGAUGUGGAAAAGUGUGGUGGUGGGAAAGGAAAGAAAAUUGUAUGAAACGCCCCCCGUAUGUGUGUGUGUGUGCAAAGUGUGAAAAUUGCAUUCUAUCCAAGUAAACCGGGGAAAAAGAGCUCGGUGCUGGAAAAGCUUUCUGGCAGUGCUUGUGUUGUGUGUGUGUGUGUAAAAUUGUGUUUGUGUGCGCGUGUAUGUGAAUCUCUGCCGCCAGUGAGUGAGAAUUUUCCACGCAAUGUGGCGAUCGUUUUAUUUUUAUUUCACUGCCCGACCGACCGUCGUACGGCAGACGGUGACCGUGAAGUAGUGGCGGUUUCAAUUGACGUGAAAGAAAAUCUCAGCAAAUCUAGCCACCUCUAACCCUCGCUCCGUCACGCAAAGCGGAUAACCGAUCGGAAGGGAGAAGGGAGGAGCGCGGCAGGAGAGGCUCACGAUCAAGCAAUCCUCUCGCCCUCUCAACGAUCCGCGAUCACCGGGCGAACGAUCGACGGCCUGUUUCGCGACUGUUGAUGGUGGUGGUGUCCCAGUGAGAAAACUACAGAUAUUCACCUCCAUCAGCUCCUUCACAUUACAAGGGAAACCCACCCACUCAGGCUCAGCAGUGGAUCGGUGGUGCUGUUGUGCUGCUGUCCGCAAGAUGGCGGCCACUAACCGGGCGCGGCCACAGCCCCGCGCCAACAUAUCCUUCUUCUCGAAGAUCCAGGGCAAGAUAAGCGAUGCGUGCGCCCAGCAGAAAUUUCUCACCGACAAGAAAACGCUCGAAAAGACGUGGAAGCUGAUGGACAAGGUGGUGAAGCUGUGCCAGCAGUCGAAGAUGAACCUCAAGAACAGCCCCCCGUUCAUACUGGACAUCCUGCCGGACACGUACCAGCGGUUGCAUCUGAUCUACUCCAAGUACGAGGAUCAGAUGCAUCUGCUUCACUCGAACGAGCACUACAACAUCUUCAUCAACAACCUGAUGCGCAAGUGCAAGCAGGCGAUCAAACUGUUCAAGGAGGGCAAGGAGAAGAUGUUCGACGAGAAUUCACACUACCGGCGGAACCUGACGAAGCUGAGUUUGGUGUUUUCGCACAUGCUGUCCGAGCUGAAGGCCAUCUUCCCGAACGGGUUGUUUGCGGGCGAUCAGUUCCGCAUCACGAAGGCGGAUGCGGCCGAGUUUUGGAAGACGCGUUUCGGCAACAGCACGCUCGUACCGUGGAAAUUGUUCCGGUUCGAGCUUUCCCUAGUGCAUCCGAUCUCCUCCGGACUGGAAGCGAUGGCGCUUAAAACCACCAUAGACUUAACGUGCAAUGAUUAUAUAUCAAAUUUUGAAUUUGAUGUGUUUACAAGGCUGUUUCAACCGUGGAAUACGUUGCUGAGAAAUUGGCAAAUCCUUGCUGUGACCCAUCCGGGCUACGUAGCUUUCCUAACCUACGACGAAGUCAAAGCACGCUUACAAAAGUAUAUCACUAAGGCUGGUAGUUAUGUUUUCAGAUUAUCCUGCACACGGUUAGGGCAGUGGGCGAUAGGGUACGUGACGCAAGAGGGGGAAAUCCUGCAGACGAUCCCACAAAAUAAGUCAUUAUGUCAAGCUUUACUAGAUGGCCAUAGGGAAGGGUUCUAUCUGUACCCCGAUGGUAAACCGAACAAUCCGGACCUUUCGUUUGCCGUGCAGAGUCCACUAGAAGACCAUAUCACCGUGACACAGGAACAGUAUGAACUGUACUGCGAAAUGGGAAGCACCUUCCAGCUGUGCAAAAUCUGUGCAGAAAACGAUAAGGACAUACGUAUCGAACCGUGCGGCCAUCUGCUAUGUACACCCUGCCUAACGGCCUGGCAGGUGGACUCCGAGGGUCAGGGUUGUCCGUUCUGUCGGGCGGAAAUCAAGGGCACGGAACAGAUCGUGGUCGAUGCGUUUGAUCCGAAGCGACAGCACAAUCGCAAUUCGGCGAACGGACGCCAGCAGCUACAGAACGACGAUCACGAUGACGAUACGGAGGACGAUUUCAAUAUUGCCACCUCAUCCCUGCACGCGCUGAGCAACAGCAUGACGCUGGCACGCAACAACAACGACAAGCAAAGCCCGCACUCAUCGCCCCGUCUGCCACGGCGCCAGAUACAGCAGUCACAACCACCGUCAUCGUGUCAACCAACCUCGCAGGCACCCUCGGCACCGGUGUUAUCCGGCAGUGAUAUCUACGCGGGCGGACCAUCGUCGAUGCUGCUCGUAGGGAUGUCGACCCAGUCACAGCAGCACGGCAAUAGUGGGAAUGCUGCCCCCACCGCCGGGACAGCUGUUGGUACCUGCAAUUCCUGUCCUGGGACACACGCAUCCACCAACUCGUCCUCAUCAUCAUCCUCCUCCUCCUCCUCGUCGGCAUCCUCCACGACCACCUCCUCGUCCUCUUCCUCCUCUUCCUCGUCGUCCUCUACAUCUUCAACUUCAUCCGCGUCAUCUACCACCUCCUCCUCGUCAUCCGCACCCGGCAGUGCACCAGCAAACAUCGGGACGGGGAUAUCAGCACCAACCGCAUCUACGCACCCUGCGCUAAGCUCCCCGGCAGCCAUAGCGGCGGCAGCUGCCGCCUCCGCACCACCACUAGCAGCGGCCACCGUAUCACACACCGUCAACGGCAACCUGGCAACGCACACCAACAUUUCGCUUAGUAGCUGCGGCACCACCAACAACCUGGUGAAGUGUAACAAAUCUUCCUCCUCUUCCCUUCUACCGCAGGGUGGCGGCGUUAGUGGAGGGGCCGCCUCCUGCACCGGCGCGUCUCACCAGCAGCAGCAGCAUCAACCGGCCAACCGGUUAAGCGCCCCGGUCAGCAGUGCGAUCGGGUCCGGUAGCUCACCGAGCAGCUAUCUCAUCCUGAAAGCACUCAACAAAACCCUCUCGAGCGAAACGACCUGCCAGAGUGGUUCGAUGGAGUCCAUCUACCAGCACGGGUAUCGACAGUGUGCAACGACACCGCCACCACUGCCACCGCGCAAGUCCUCGCCGGGAAUUCUGGCCGGUGGGAGUGGUGGCGGUGGUAGUGGAGCGGCUGAAGUUCGGCUACAGAAAUCGGCCGUCUGUAGUAAUCGUGGGAGUGGUCCAUCUUCGCAACACCUGCAACCAAACGCGGUGCGAACCUCGGGCCAGAUAAAUGGAGCUUCGAGUAUGGGCAAUCUGGCUAAUCAUACGGCGGGUGGGCUGCAUCUUAGCCGCAGCUCGGAGAACCUUCCCUCGUUGGCAACCUGUCAGCAACCUCCUCCACCACCCGUUCCCAAACAUCAGAACAUCGUUGUGACGGCCCAAGAGCAACACCAUACGGCGACGUGUCCCUGCUCUAGCUCUCAGCAACAACAACCUCCCGAUCCAUUCGCGGCUGGUGAUGGUAGCUCGGACAAAGUGAUCGUUGGCCCGGCGGAAACGAUCGUCGGCAUCAUUGACACGCGGCCACCCGAGGCACGUCAUCCGAUCAUACUGAAAGUGGACGAAAAGUCGGACCAAAGUCUCAUCCUAACGGCCGCCCUCACGCCCAACAACGUGUACCAGUUCAAGCCAACGAGUGCCUCGGUUAGCACCAGCAACCUGAACGGUCUCGUCACGGUACAAACGGCUGUCAGUGAGCAGGUGACGCACAGUAGCGGAGAAUCGACGACCACCGUCAGCACCACGUCGGUCCAGUACAAACCAGCCCCGGCACAACCUCAGCCGACACCUCAGCGGCAACCUCAACCCCAACCGCGAACACAGUUCACGCAACCCCAGUCUUCGGUCCCCGCUACCGGUGCCUCACCUUCAUCCGCUGUCUCCAACAACCAUCAGCGGCAUCAAUCGCUACCGGCCAACAGUGCCGCUGUUGGGGCGAAGAUUCUACCGCAUCCACCAUCGAAAUCGAUCACCUCCUCACAGUUGGCUGCGGCGGCGGCUGGUGGUCGAUCGGGAUCCUCGAGCAGUACCUCCGGUUCCGGUCAUCCGCUAGUGUACGAAAACGUGAACCUAGCCUCGAGCGGACCACUGAAGGAGUGUUCCACGAGUAGUAGCAGUAGUAGUAGCAACCACCACCGGCACGGGAUGGCAGUCGGUAGUGGUGGUGGUAGUGGGGCGGCGGCCACUAGCAACAGCAGUACGAACAGUAGUAGUAGCAACAAUAAUCAUCUUGCAAAUUUUAGUGGCGGAGGACCUUCCCUCAGCUCGGCACUCAACAACAACAACAAUCCGAAUGUGCCAUACGAGAACAUUAAUCUGGAGUAUAUUGCGCGGCUAAUGCAGGAGGGCUACUCGAAGGAGAACGUCAUUACAGCGCUGGGCAUCUCGCGGAACAACAUCGAGAUGGCGUGCGAUAUACUGCACGAGUUUGUCAGCAAGAGUGGAGGAGGUUGAACUCGGGAAUGGAGGAGCAGGAGCCAAAACUAGUUAGGAGAUAGGCUUUUUUCUUUUGUAGAAUGAGGAACAGGAAGGAUGACGGAUUUUAACAGACAGACCCCUGAUUCCCGGUGUACAUAUAGUAGAGCUAGUAGCAGUCAUAAUAAUUGUAGUAGUAGUAAUAUUUAAGUCAAUGCGAGUGUGGCGUGUGCACGUGUUUGGUAUAGGAUUUCAAUUGUUUUUUUGUUAGUGUGCCGCGAGUGUGUAUGUGUGUGUAUGUAGGUAGGGUAGGAUCGCGUUGAAAAGGGAGUGUAUUAUCCUUUCAUCAAAUGGAAGCUUUAUUUUAGUUCCUUAUCGUGUCCCGCGUGUGGCACGCUUACGUUUGUAGAAACCUAGAUAGGUCACGAGGUAUUUUUCGUUCUGCGAAUACGGAUAACAUUAGCUCUCUACAUUGCUGUUCUUUCGUUUUUAACCCGUUCAUCUCCUGACGCUGAACAGCUGGAGAUCUGAAUAUAGACAGCAAAAAACGGGAAGCGAAAAGCGAACAAUCAGCAGCAAACAUUCCUACGAUACGAAAAGGCGAUUAUUUGUACUAAAAAUACUAAUGCGCACAAACGCGAAUACUAAAAAAAGAAUGGUGACUCGAAGCAGAGUAACGGAGAGAUCCUUGCAAAGUUCCCGCAAAUGGAACAGUCUGGCAAAAGCGUUUCUCAAACUAGGGGUCCGAAACGCUGCGAACAGGUCUUCUGGCUGUGUUUUAUCAGUUUUAUCGGCAUGGAGGGCAGUGUAAAUAAUGCUAUGCUUUAGUUAGAUGAGAAAAGAAAUGGCUAACGAAUGAAAGGUGUAAAGUAGGUGGCUCUCGUCUAGCAGGCCCAAAGGAGAUUGCUCGUCGACCAGAUAAGGUUUAUUGCUAGUCAAUCGUGCGAGUCGUCACGGACGGAUAGACGAAGUUAAAACUCGUUAAGAACAUUUUAUAUGACAGAGCUAAAAUACACCUCCGAGACAUGGGCUCUGUCCAAGGCUGACGAAUUCCUCUUUGCUGUGUUCGCGGGGAAGAUAUUCAGACAAGCUUCAGACAAGGGCCCGUCAUGAUGGCCGGGAUAUUGGACGAGAUCGAGGGACGGCACUAGAUCGAGAGCAGUAGAACGAAGACUUCUGAAAGUCAGCUAUGGAACAGCAAAAGAAUCUAGAGUAUGUAUAUGAGACCGGUUCGGAGAUCUACGGAGAUCUGCAGCAGACAAGCUUUCCUUUGCGUUGAUAUUACACAAGCUUUAUACUUUGGUCCGUUUUUUAUAAAGAUCCAUCUCGCAGACAUUAAUACGUAAACUUUACUUUCUAACCGAAGAGCCAAAGCCAACAAACAAAGCGGAGAUUUGAUGAGUGCAAGCAUGGAGGAGAUUUGAAAACAUAGCUUUGCAUUUAACGGUGUAAUUUGAAUGAGAACGAAUGAAUUGAACGAUUUUACCUUUUUAAAAAAAUCUCCGUAAUCUGUAAUACUUACUAAAAGAAAAAAAAUACACACAAACACACUUCACAAACAAACACUAAAAUCCCCCUACUCUUGACUGGGACUGGGAAGCUUUAAGCAAUAGCAAUUUAAAAUGGUAGCUUUGCCGAACGAUCGUAAGAUGUCGCCACGUGUCUAAGUAUCUCUUCUUCUACCCCGCUAAGCUAAUUUCUCAGCCCCCAAAACACCUAUAAAUAUAUAUACCUUGUAAUACUCAUAAUACCCGCCCCAUUGCGAUUAGCGAUUUUUAGCACAAUGAAAAUAAGCAGUAAUGUGUAGUAGUAGUAGUAGUAGUAGCAGUAUCUCACCUGUGUACAUAAUAGUAGCCCAAAACUUAUAGAACAAAGAGGGAGAAAAAACACAUUGUGAAGAAAAUAUGUAACACGGUGGUGUACACAUAAGAAACCCAAAAGGCAAUGGAUCGAAUGUGAUCGUGGGAAAUGUGGGGGGGGGGGGGGAAGCAAGAAGUGAAAGAAGCAGAAGCAGAAGCAAAAACAUUUGAAACCAAAUGCAAUCAUACAAAGUGAAACAAAAUCGAACGAACGAACGUGUUUGUGUAGUUUUGAUGAAUUGAUAAAGUGGUUAAAAGAUAAGCAAACAAAAUACGAAUAGUAAUAAAAUAGAAGAAGAGCGUUAGAAGAAGGAAAAACACAGCAAAGGGGAAAGAAAAUCGAAAACAAAUCGCAAAAAUCAUUUCAAAGCAAGGCGAUCAUUACACGCGAGAAGAGAAACACGAACCAGCAAAAAAACAAAGCAACUACUACUAGACAGACAUAGGAACGGAUAACAUGCAUACAUAUAUAUAUUUUUUAUACGAUUUCUUCAAUUUAAGGAAAGCAAACAACUAAUGCAAAUUAAACAAAAAAAAACGAAACAAAAACAAAUUACAAAAAAGCAACAAACCAAACACCCAGCAGUAAAUACGAAAGGCAUACAGACAAUUUAACGAAGCAAACGGUUACAAUGAACGCGUCUCAUCGUUGUCCCAUCGUUUUUGAUCCUGUCCGGGGUUUUAUGCUGCUGUGAAAGUGUGCGUGUGUGUGCGAGUGUGUGUGCGCGCGAAUGUGUAUGUGUGUUAGUAUUGAAUGGGCAGAUAAGGAUCAGCCUGCUCGCCGCGGUCCUCGAUAAGCAGCACAAUGUUACGGAUAAUAGUUUGCACUACAUACCUUGUACCGGGUUCACGUUGGAACACAUCCAGAACCAUAAUGUGGAGGAACUCGCUCGCAAUGCACACAACUCUUCACACAACAGCACACUGAAAGGAAUUUAAGAUUUUUGCCAAAAGAAUCACUACCAGCUCAGCAGCAAACAGAUGGGGGGGCGCAGGUAAGGUGUCCUUCUUCACCGAAGGAAUGAGUUUGCUGGCAGGGAUGGUUCCAUCAACACUGUGAAUACCGAAGCUAGACAGCAAAGGGAUAGAGAGCGAGAGAGAUCAGAUAGAUCGUUGUGUGGUAAGCGGGAGAACCUAUGCAAUGCAAUGCGCCAUUUUACAUUACUGCUACACUGCACACGGUGGGUUGCUGCGAUAUGGCGCGCACUGGAGUGGAACAAACUGGAACAAAUAUAUUGUAUAUGUAUCUCAAACCAGAGCAUAUAAGAAACUUAA